GACGUGAUUUCCUGCUCCAUUUUCCUGAUAUAAAUGGCCCUCCCAGAAGUUGCCAUUUGCCUCUUAGAUAUCGAUGAGUUCUGCCAAUAGGCAGAGUGAGGAGAUUCCCUCAGGCAAUGAGGGUGGGGCAGCGUUGGGAGUGUCACAUGCCCUGUUCCAUGCUUCUUAAGAUAGCCUGCUCUCUUCAGCUACAGUGGAAGACGCUACCCUCUUUCCAGAGUUGGAGUAAGAUUCAAUUGCUAGUCUGUCUGAUCAACCUCCGUACUGGUCUCCUACUUUGAAGAAGACAGUCCUCUAUUUUGGAAAGCUGGCAGAGGAUCCUCCUCUAUUUGGAGGCAUUCCUUACUUGAAGAGAGCCAUGAAAAGCAAAGGAACUUGGGAUGUGGAACCCAAUGGGAGCAUGAUUGUGCCAGAAGUAGAGGAAAAGCCAGGGAAGGAGAAGCAUGAUGAGCUCCAGGCCAGAGGCCAGUGGACCAACAAAGUUGAGUUCGUACUAUCUGUUGCUGGGGAGAUCAUUGGCCUGGGCAAUGUGUGGAGAUUCCCUUAUCUCUGUUACAAGAAUGGAGGCGGUGCCUUCCUCAUCCCAUAUCUCAUCUUCCUCUUUGCCUGUGGGAUUCCCGUCUUCCUCUUGGAGACAGCCCUCGGGCAAUAUACCAGCCAGGGUGGGAUCACCGCCUGGAGAAAGAUCUGCCCUAUCUUUGAAGGAAUCGGAUAUGCUUCACAAGUCAUUGAAUCCUACCUGAAUAUCUACUACAUUGUCAUUUUAUCGUGGGCCCUGUUUUACCUAUUUAACUCCUUUGCAGCUGUUCUACCCUGGGCUCACUGCAAUAAUCCUUGGAACUCAGAGUGCUGUGUGGACAUUCUGAACAGCUCAAGUUUGGAGAAUGGGACACUGCCAGUGAAUGCCACCUCCCCAGUCAUCGAGUUCUGGGAGAGGCGAGCUUUGAGAAUAACGGAUGGUCUACAUAAUCUGGGCACCGUGCGGUGGGAACUGGCACUCUGCCUCCUGCUUGCUUGGAUCAUCUGCUACUUCUGCAUCUGGAAAGGAGUCAAGUCCACCGGCAAAGUGGUCUACUUCACUGCCACAUUCCCUUACCUGAUGUUAAUUAUUCUGCUGGUUCGAGGAGUCACUCUGCCUGGCGCCAGUGAAGGGAUCUUGUUCUACUUGAAGCCUGAUGUUUCUAGACUGGCAGAUCCUCAGGUAUGGAUGGAUGCAGGUACUCAGAUCUUCUUUUCUUAUGCCAUCUGCCAGGGGUGCCUGACAGCCCUGGGCAGCUACAACAAAUACAACAACAAUUGCUACAGGGAUUGCUUUAUGCUCUGUUUCCUGAAUAGUGCUACCAGCUUCGUGGCUGGCUUUGCCAUUUUCUCCGUAUUGGGCUUCAUGGCACAAGAACAGGGCAUACCUAUCUCGGAUGUGGCUGAAUCAGGUCCGGGCCUAGCAUUCAUCGCCUACCCAAAAGCUGUAACCAUGAUGCCUGUCUCUCAGCUGUGGGCCUGCUUAUUCUUCCUUAUGCUGAUCUUCUUGGGUCUGGACAGUCAAUUCGUCUGUGUUGAGAGCUUGGUGACAGCCAUUGUUGACAUGUUCCCAGAUGUUUUCCGCAAGAAAGGACGGCGGGAGCUGCUGAUCCUGGGCAUUGCAGUGAUAUGCUACCUGCUAGGCCUGCUACUGGUCACUGAGGGUGGAAUGUACAUCUUUCAGCUGUUUGAUUAUUACGCAGCCAGUGGCACAUGCCUCCUCUUCCUCGCUGUCUUUGAAGUCAUCUGCAUUGGAUGGGUUUAUGGAGCGGACCGUUUCUAUGACAAUAUUGAGGAUAUGAUUGGUUACCGGCCGUGGCCCCUGGUUAAAUACUGCUGGCUCUUCCUCACACCUGGGGUUUGUCUGGCAACCUUCCUGUUUUCACUUAUUAGAUACACACCACUCAGAUAUAACAACGUGUACGAGUACCCACCAUGGGGGAUUGCUGUGGGCUGGUUGAUGGCACUGUCCUCAAUGAUCUGCAUUCCAUUCUACAUUGUGUUCAGCCUCCUGAAAACCAAAGGAUCAUUAAAGCAGCGGUUACAACAGCUCACUACUGCAGCAGACGACUUGCCCCAGCCAAAGAAGCACCAGAUGGUCUUCUCUGGACAGCAGGACAUCUCCAAGCAAGGAAGACAGCAUCCAAAAAAGGAAGUGCUCAUCACGACAGAGAAAGAAACGCACUUUUAAAGCUCAGAGGGAAUGACUUCUUUUUACCUUCUGGAAAGGUCCCUCCUUAUUUUCCUUCUCUUUACAUCUAGGAAUGUUGGAGAAGUCUGUUGAAGUGUGGAAUUCAAAAAGUUUUCCUAGGCUCUCCCCGCAGACUUCAUUUCGCUUCCCACUGCAGCGCCUGACUUGAUCUACAGCAAGUUGGGCCAGUUUGCAGAUUUUCUGGGAAAUUUCUAGGUUUCUGCAAUUUGUGCACAUUUCGGAGUAAUUUGUGCAUAAUAUGUCUGAAUUUGCACAAAUUAUGCUCAAUGUGUAUGAACUAUGCCCGAAUUCGCAUAAUUUGCACAAAUUGCUCAGAAUUAUGCACAAAUUGUGGAACCUUCCAAAAAAGAAAAGAACGGUGCAAGAAACUGUGUGGAGUUUGGGGAACAUCUGUGGCUCGACUUGCCAUGGAAUUCUGUCAAGUCAAAAAAAGAACUGGAUUUCCCAGCAACGGGCAUCUGAGAUGAGACAGGCUUACUUAAGAUGGCAACAUCUCUUGCCAUUUGCAUGUUCCUAGCAGCUGAUUUUAUCCACCAGAGCAGGGCCAACACAAUUGUUUUUAGAGCUGAGCCUAAAUUUCUCAGAAGAUGUAUUUCUCAGGAAAUUUCUCAGAUUGGUCUUUUUGUUCCCCACCUAGAAAAAGAAAGCCACUUGGCAGAAUUUUCUCUAAAUGUUCUCCACCAUCUUUUUUGUGUGUGUUGGCUGCCACUCGUCCCCACCACCACCACAACGACAUUGUGAAAAAUGAAAAAUAGCUGCGAUGCUGCUGUCAACAGAGUUGCUGAUGUUGUCACUUGCACCAGCAGCAGCAGCAGAAAAAAUGAACUUCGGAAAAGGAAAUGUGUUACUACCGCGGGUAACGGUGAGAUCCACCCACACCCCAAGAACUGUUCGAGAUUUUUUUCUGCUCCUGGAGAAAUUGGAUGAUUUUUCCUUCGCCACCCCCACCUUUCAUCUAAGCACAAAUAGAGUGGAGAAUUGUAAGAGUCCACUGGUGUUCAGCUCAGGUUAUUUUCAGUGGGGACUGGUGUCCCCAAUGCUGGUGGGCUGUGAUUACAUUCUGGAUCUUAAUCAGAACCUGUGAGAACUUUAAAGGAGUUAUCCAAGGUACUACUGCACCAUAUCCCCCAAAUGGGUUCUGACUGGUUCUGACUGACACCAAGAAUAGAAUCACAGUUGCACUGAAAUCAGAGCCACCAGCCUCCACUGAUUAUGUUUACACCAGUAGAAUGGCCAUUGUGGAGCUGCAAAAUUGUAUGGGGAACUCCUUUUAACCAGCAGUGCCAGUGGCUGAACCUUCGGCUAUGUACUCUACCACUGAAACAUACCCCCUUCUUUUUAUUAGAAAAAAAUGGGCAGCAAGGUGAGUUCGCCAGAAAAGAUUCCGUGAAAGCUGGCCAUCUCAAAUUUCCAUUGACUGGUUCCCCUUCCACCUCCAUUCAUUGGCAAAACCUUUCAAAUUCUUUGCAAACCUAAGUCUUGGAAGCUGUACAAAUUAAACAAAGACCCUUUUCAGAUGACACAGUGGUUAAGCAUUUUGAGCUAAACGUUAUGGCUUAGCGUGUCGUGUGAACCAUUCUUAACCAUGGUUUAAACAUGCUCACUAACCAUUUGCUGGAAAAAGGGUUAGCGGCCUAACCAUGGCUUAGCGUGUUGUCUGAGCAGGGCCAAAAUAAGCCAGCUCUGCCAAAUUUGCACAAUCUAACCUCAGGAUGCGUGUUUCUUUGGCAAUUUUAGUGGGUUACUUUUUUACUCAGAAAAAAAGUUUACAUAGAUCUGCUACGUGAAGUUUCUUUUAAAACAACAACAAAAAGUUGCAACAACCCUCUAUAUGGACUUUAAAAUCAGAGCGGAUCACUCAACCUCUUCCAUUACAUGAGGGCCUGAAGGAAAACAAGGUGAUGAAUUGGAUGCAAGAUGAGUUUGUCAGAAAAAGAACGUGUCAUGGCCACUUAAGAUCUUUCUCCCCCUCCCUUUGAGAAGAGACUGGUGCAGAAAAGCUGACAGGAUUUCAGCUUGGAUAUACCUCAUUCGAUACAGCUCUGUGUGAUGUCCUUGGAUUGUUGGAAAACUAGAGAAAUGCGAAUUGAAUGGAACCGCCGUAAAAUGAAAUGCCAAAAACUGUGUUCGCACACGCCGGGACCAUGCAGGAAAUACCAAAGUUGAAGUCUCACCAGAUACUAGCUUAGCAUUUGUGACAUAAAAGCUUACAUACGAUUUGUAAGAAGUGGAAACGAAAUACAUGUCAAGCCAAAAUACCAAAUAUGGUGCUCCCCCCCCCUGUUUUUUUCCUUUUCUUUUGUUUCUUGUGUAACUGUUAACUCCUAUUCAAGCACAAUUUAACACCCCCUGCCUUCUCCAACCUGGUGCCCUCCAGAUGUGUUGGACUACAACUCCCAUAAUUAUGAGAAUUAUGGCUGGAAAUGAUGGGAGUUGUAGUCCAACUCAUCUGGAUGACACCAGGUUGAAGAAGGUUGCAGUACCCUAAACACCAAGAGGGAUCUCCUUUUGCACCAUUAACAUUUUCAGAGUGGGAGCCAUGUUACUCUUUUGCAGCAGGAACAACAAAAGAGCUUGUAGAUGCAACGAAGAGUCUUGUGGCACUUGUUACUCUUUACGGCACCACAAGACUCUUUUUUUUUCUUUUUCAAGACCAUUAAUUGAGAUCUGCAGAUUUACAACGCAGUUCUUUGCCUGUUUACUUAGGAGGGUCCUGCCCCAACCAAUGGGACUUACUUCCAAGCAAGACUACAUAUAUAUAUUAGUCCUUUGACUUAAUAUCACUUAUGAAUGUUACUAUUCACCCUCAUUUUUAAUGUAAUUUAUCCAACUAGAGUUACUAGGUUUGCGGGGUGCUAUUUUAUGUUCCAGUGAAGCAAGGGCAAGAUUCAACAGCCUAUUUAUUAAAGAUUAAGUUUGCAGUCCUAUAUUCAUUUACCUGGGGGUAAGUCAGUGGGUCUUACUUCUGACUAGUCGUGCAUAGGAUUACAUUGUUAAUUGCAAAAUAAUAAAGAGAAGAGAAGAGAAAGGAAGGAGAGCGAAGCAUUUUUAUACAAUUUGUUGUGCUUGCUUUUUAUCCACAUACAAUAACCAAAGAUAUAGGUGCUUCUGAGGAAUAAUUACAUCAGGCAGUACCCUAUUUCCCCCGUCUGCAACAGCUUCCCAAAUAGCUUGCAACCUCACAAAGUAUCCUGUAUCUUUAACAGCCCUAGAGAUGUGUGCAACACACUUCCCUUUUGUCUGCUAUUUGUUCUCUUUGCUCCAGAAGGUAGAGAGGAGAAGAGUUGACGCGGUUGUGGCAGAAGUAGGAUGAAAGCAACGAUUGCUGCACAUGGAGCUAUCCAACAUGCGCUGGGCUUCCUUGACAACUCUCCACUGACAGAUUGGUUGAACAUGAUAACAUCAGGGUCACUGCUCUCAAUAGGUUCAUCGCUGCUUACGUAUCAGGUCCUGGGCACCACUCCGGAAUAUAUGCAAGGUCACCUCUCCUCUAAUGAGCCCCAAGAUCAGCUUCUAAGUGGAACAACCUAUUAAAGACCAGGUCAGUUGUUCUGGCCAGUUGGCUAUUCUAAUAAUCAUGACAUUAAUACGAUGAAAGUCCAUGUAGGUAUGCAAAGAUUGGGCCAGGUGUCCUGUCCCAAUAAUGGAAGGGCCAUUCUUGGGAAGGUAAACUCUUAUACCGAGAAGGUUGAGGAGCAGUUAGAUGUGGGACCAGGCUUGGCAUCAGCACUAAGUGCCCUUGGACAGCUGACUCCUAUUUUGGCCCUCUGCACCAAACAGAUAUGUCUACAAGCUACCAUUUUAAAUGUCCCACAAUGCCUCCGAAUCAGGGCAUUGUGUCACUUUACAAUGGUGGCUCAUAGCUGCCUACUUCUGUCACAAAGCAAGCCCAUGGCUAGAAGCCCAUCAAUAUGUUAUGGGGCCCACCAGAAAGCACUCUGCCUACUUAUUAUUUGCUAUAAAAAGGAAGCAAAAACUUUGAUGCAUUUACCUGGAAGUAAGUCUCAUUGAACAUGCAUAGGAUCUGCUUGAAAAUGCAGCAAAGAUGUAAGCAUCAGAAUAUUGGGCUGUUGGGUUCUUCUACCAGAGGGAGGAAAAGCCCCAAAUUUCAAGGAGACCAUAACCCUAUUCAGGCAUUUGAUAUCUGUGGGUCCUGAAUGUGUGAAGGGGCAAGCAGAAAUAUAUAGGGCUAACCCCAUCUUCUCUAUGAUACUUUGGUUGCUAGUCACACUCCCCAGCCAAUCAGCUCAAUCUGAGCCCACCCACCCUUUUCUACAAGUGAAGAUUUUCUAAAAGUAUGGAAACCUUGGCCAAUCAGGGUUCCUACCACCAUGGAAGAAACCCUACAUAUGCAGUCCCUUUCAGACUGAGCUAAUGAAGGGGAGCAUCUGUUGUCAUGGUUGUCCCUUUACAUGCUCAUCCUGAACACUGGAAAAGGGCUCAUCAGUAAUUCAUAAAGCAAUCAGAUUCUUGUUUACAACUUUUGUACGUACAGAUGACGUCUAGUGUGAGAUGCCAAUUUUGCACUUAAAAUAUACUCAAUAAACACAUUUCUUUAAUUUC